AGACAACAACAAUACCACCCAUUACUUUACACUGUUUACUGAAAUUUUAUCAAUCAGACUAUCAGAUAACCAGAAAAAUGGAAGCCAUUCUUACCACCAAAAUUCCUCUAUCUCUCUCCUCUUCCUCCUCCACCUCAUCCAACACACCUUCACUUUCUCUCUCCUCACUCUCAACCCUUUCCAAAACCACCAAAAAAUUAAGUAACACCCUUAUUUUUAAGGGUACCCAACAUUGUAAUUACCCUUCUUCCCUUAAAAUUUGUGCAAUGUCACAAACUGCCCCUGCUUCUGUAGAGCCCUCAACCAUACCUACUGAGAUGAAAGCUUGGAUUUAUGAGGAUUAUGGAGGUGUUGACGUCCUUAAAUUUGGGUCUAAUGUUAAAGUUCCUGAAAUAAAAGAUGAUCAAGUUUUGAUUAAGGUUGCUGCUGCUGCUUUAAACCCUGUUGAUUUUAAGAGAAGGCUUGGCAAGUUUAAGGCCUCUGAUUCACCUCUUCCUACUAUCCCAGGCUAUGAUGUUGCUGGUGUGGUGGUAAAAGUUGGUAGUCAAGUGAAAGAAUUCAAGGUAGGGGAUGAAGUUUACGGAGACAUCAGUGAGAAAGCACUUGAUGGUCCCAAGCAAUUUGGCUCAUUGGCAGAAUAUACAGCUGUGGAAGAUAAGUUGUUAGCUUUGAAGCCUAAAAAUAUUGACUUUGUACAAGCUGCUGGUCUCCCGUUAGCUGUAGAGACGGCCUAUGAAGGUCUCGAAAGGGCUGGGAUGUCUCCUGGAAAAUCGAUCCUUGUUUUAGGUGGGGCAGGUGGUGUUGGAUCUCUUGUAAUCCAGCUUGCGAAGCAAGUAUUUGGUGCCUCUAGAGUUGCAGCCACUGCUAGCACCGGGAAAAUCGAAUUUUUGAAGAGUCUUGGUGUUGAUCUUGCGAUUGAUUACACCAAAGAGAAGUUUGAGGACCUUCCAGAAAAGUUUGAUGUUGUUUAUGACACAGUUGGUGAAGGUGAGAGGAAUGUAAAAGCUGUGAAAGAAGGGGGAAGUGUGGUGGUCUUAACUGGUGCUGUCACACCACCAGGGUUCAGAUUCGUGGUGACGUCCAAUGGAGAAGUACUGAAGAAGCUAAACCCCUACCUCGAGAGUGGGAAGGUGAAGCCAAUAAUCGAUCCUAAGGGCCCCUUCACAUUCGACAAGGUUGUUGAAGCCUUCAGUUACCUUGAAACUAAUCGCGCUACUGGAAAAGUAGUCAUCCAUCCCAUUUCCUAAGUUCAAAGUUUCAAGUUCUAACAGUAUGGUCUGUAUCUAGAUUCCGUAGUGCUCAGGUGGAUCUAGUUGAAAUUUGUGAUCAGGGAAACAUGUUACUAUAACUAUGAGGAAUGAGUGUCAAUCUCAUCUUGCGGUUCGGUUUGGUCAUAUUCAUAUGCUAAUUCUUGUUGUAUAAACUUUGUUGCUUCAUCUAUGCCUUCAGUCUUUCCAA